GUCAGUGCGCACACCGAUACGUAUCGCGACCGGCUGGUUCGAACACGCGCACGCACUGCCCAUAGAAUAUUAUCGUUUAUUGUGUGAUAUAAUAUUAUAAUAAAUCGAAAUUAGAAUAUUUUGUCCCUCUCACGGGGCUUGACGACCGAGAGAAUUUUUCGCGCGCAGUGUCUCGUUUAUAUUUUAGUCUUUCUGGUCGCGURCCCGCGCGGGUUAUUAUCGAUUCGAAUUUCAAACGUGCCCGUAGUACGGACGGUUUUCCAAACGUCAGUCGCGAUCACGGACAACAACACACGAUAAUAAUUGUACAGAACGAUAGUAUUUUAAAUAAUAAUAAUACACCAGUUGCCGAAAAAGUUCAACCGGUUUUUAUCGAUUUUUCAUCCCUCCGAUGAGUCGGCGGUCGGUCGACAGUGCGAAAUAAUAUAUUAUCGACUGCGUCCGCGGCAAUCGUUAUUAUUUACCUGUACGUUCGUUCRCGUUGCCGUUGUUUCUAUUACCCGUUCGGUGCACUUACCUGUCGACGUUUUGGAUAAUACGACAACUGCACUCUCUGUGCGCGGGACGAGCCAUACACCCCGUCGAGGAAACGCGUCCGUGGUUAUAUGGAGGGACGACGUCCGGUCGGUUAGGUUAGGAGGCAUGACCGGAUCGUUGCGUCUGAGCGCCCUGCUGUUGCUGUUGCUGUCCCGCUGGGCGUCCGCGGACCUCGAGAAGGGCGAGGACGAGUACGUCCGCAGCUGGGUCAUCAUCGAGGAACAGCUGGUGCCGCCGUCUAGGGACGAGCCGCUGGCCACCGGCGGCGUGGGCACGGCUGGCGGCGGCGUGGCCGGUCGGCGGAUCACGCCAAAGUCGGUGUUCGUCGCCCCGUCGUUCAACAAGUGUUCGGACGGUUACCGACCGGACAGCAUGGGCCGGUGCGUCAAAGUGGUCAAGAUCAACCAGGCGGCCCAGUGGGACUUUCUYAUCAAGCAGCUGAACUCCAUGUACGGCGCUGGUGCAGCUGGCGGAGGCGGAUUUCCCAUGUUGCCGGGCGCCUCGGCGUACCAGCCGGUGACCACCACGACCACCGAACCGCCGUCACAGAAGACCGAUAGUCCGGGACCGUUCCAACUGAACAUACCGUUGGGCGGUGGCAUAAUCGGUGACGUGGACUCGUCGUACAACCAGACGAUGGACUCUUUGGACGAACUUAUUACCGGCACUACUACCACGGCCGGUACCACUACGACAACCAAUCCAACUACUACUACAACUACUGCCGCUGCCGCCGUCUCCACAACCGUCGCGGACGACGAAGACGACGACACCGCCACCACCGACCAUCACAUUACGACCACAGUCAACGGCGACCUGGACGACCGCACUGCCGCGACUGUGACCGCRACCGCUGUCACGACUGAGACGGCGGAUACCGCCAGGCCACGACCGUACCGUAACCGCUAUCAGACGACGCACGCCGAGGACGCCACUACUGUCACUCCGCCUCCUUACGACUCAACUACCACCGUGACGUACGCGAAAACAAAGUAA